GUCUGUCAAUGCUGUCAUGUCUUUUAGAUUUUGAUCGAAUUAUAUUUUUGUCAUUAUUCUUCCCGAAAAUAUUCUAAAUUUAUUUGUAAUACAAACUUUUACAAAUUUUAAACAAUAAAAUACUCAGUAGACGAACCACCUUAAAAUAUGGAGUUUACUCCAGCACUGUCUGCUUUUCAAGGAAUUGUAAUAACAGUAGACAGUCUUUACUCUUUUUCUAAAUUGAAAGAACGAGGAGGCAAUGAAGAGAAAAUAGAUUAUGUGGUAGACAGCUUGCGAAAUUUUUUACAAAAAGAGAGGUACAUACUAGAGGAUCGAGUUUCUGAUGAAAAUACUCAAAUCUUGCGCAAGUUUGCGUUGUAUAUUUGUCUAAACUCCGAUCUACCAAUUCUAGAAGAACUGGUUGAUUUGGAUGGAAUUGCUUUUCUUAUUUGGACCAUACCUAAUGUAUCAAAAUGCCUCAUGUGUGAAAUAUUUUGGAAACUUAACAUGGAUAAGUUUAUUUACGAAAUAAUAGUUUUCACCUGCCCUCUAUUAUCUUUAGAGGUAGCAGAGGCCUUAUUAGACCACUUCAAGUAUUUUGAUCCAACAGAAUGCCCACAGAGAUUAAAAUUAUUGAGCUUGGGAUGCUACAAAAUGAUAUGCAGAUUAUUUUUUUUUAAUUUAGAAGGUGAUGAAAUAACUCGCAGCUUCAACAACUUCCAUAAAUGUCUUAAGUAUUUCUCUGAACCACCAAAUAGUAGUAAAUUGGAAAGAUUGAGUACAGAUGAAGAGUAUAAGUUCAUUGGUAAACGUUUGUAUGAAAUGCUGUUACUAGUAUCAGAGUGUUUCACUUAUUAUAUCAGCCCACAAAAAUUUAAAUCAUCUGACUUCCAAGACCUUUAUAAUCUAAGCUAUAGAGAUGGCAUUGUAAUCAAUGAACAUUUGUCUGUCCCUAUAAGCCAAUGUAAUAAUGGUGAUAUAUUACAAAGCAUAAACAAUUGUAAUAAAGCUCUACUGGAUAAAUGUAAGACCCUUGUGAUGGAAGUCAGUGUAGAGAUAUUUUGUGCUUGGAGUGAAUUUGAAGAGAAUGGCAGAAACAUGCAGCAAACUAUUGGAGAGCUAUGUUACAAUGUUCAUGCUGAACUUUACAAUAUCAGCGGUCAUGCAGUUGUUGCUAUGUUACAGCAAAUUUCUUGUAAACCUUUGGACUUAGCAGAAGUUAUCAAUAAAUCUGACACAGCUAUUAUAAUGGAAAAAAUAAAUAAAGAAGACACUGAGAGUACUCAAUGGAUUAAAGCAUUGAUCUAUAGGGAUAAUCUAUGUGAGGACUCAAAUUUGAUAUUGCAGAUUGUUUCUCAUUUAGAAAUCUUCAAUGAAGUUGAAUGCUACAAAUUAUUUAAAAUCAUUUACAGUUACCUAAAAGAUAACCUUAAAAACAAAGAACUGUUAUUACUAUUAGCAAUCAAAGCAUUUCAACGCUGUACUUGUUGCAAUAAGCAUGAAAUAGUUGGUGAACAUUACAGUAAUGGAAUGUUCAAUGAUAAUUUGCAAACUACAGAAUUUGACAACAUGAUAACAGAAAUAUUCAAUAAACUUAUUAUUUCUCCAGAGGCAGAUCUAUUUGAUAUAUUAAUUGUAUUCCUACAAAACCCUAGGAAAGUGUUCAGCAAAAUAUUUCAACUGGCAAGUGAAAACUUGCACGAAACAGAUAUCAUGGUCAAAGUCAUGAAAUGCUUAGAAAAGUAUUCUAAGCAUUACUACAAGGAGGAGACAGAACCUUGUAUAAUAUUAGUAACUAAGGAAAUAAUUUCGUAUUUUCUAGAUAAUGAAAACAAGCAAAAGAAUUUCAUAAAUUUUUUAAAAAACUUAAAAUUGUCAGAUGCUAUACCCGGUCCAAAGUUACUACUGUUAAUAAUAAUGCCAAACUUGCACAGUGGCCUUUUAAACAGGAACAUAACUCAAAUCUGCAUUCAAUGUAGGCUUUUACGGGCAGCAUACAGAAUUGAUGAGUUAAAAGAAUACAGAGCUCCUACUCUGGCUAUGCUGGCUCAAGUGCUUGAUACUGUCCGCUGGAAGAUGAAUACCUAUGUUCCACAAGCUCCAUCUACCUUAGAGCUUGUGUUGCAGCUACAGGCAGCUUUAAAUACUAAUGACCUGACAGAGAAAGAAUGUGCAUGGUUAAAAAGCAAAUUAAGAAAUAUAAAUCCUUUAAACAUGUAUUACUUUAGACUGCUCUGGAAUCCUCCGGGAAACACAUUUGUUGAAGUUGUCAGCGGAAUGCAUAUACACAAAGAAAUGGAUAUGGAACAUUUGUCCUUGUGGCUAUCACAGACGCUUAGUUCCACUAUACUACAAGAAUGGUACCACAUAUGGGUCAGUCUCUGCACAGUGUUUGGAAACAUUAAAAUAUUAGAUAUAUUCCAUGACGCACUACUAUUAUUAUGUGUAGCGGAAAAAUCAAAUAACACAGAGUCUACAAAAGCAUGUCUGAUGUACUGUAUGAAAAACUUUGUUGCUACCACAAGGUACAAAUUUUUCAAAAUGCCACUUAAUGAUAGUCAAGUGACAACUGUGUUUGAUAAGUUUGCAAUAAUUGGAAAUGUUGCAAAGGAAAGCGACGUUGAAGAACUGGCAACAAUUUUUCUACCACUCUUUGCUUACAUGGCUGAGAAGAAAGAGAAUCUUUCUGAUGAUCUGCCACAGAUAUUAAUGAGGAAAUUCAAACAUAAAACAUUCACUGAUAUAAUAAGGAAUCUGUUUAUAACAAAAAGAAAAUCUCAAAAUUAAACAUAAGUUUCCUGAAUAA